CUCUUUUUAACCUCUCGAAUUUCCAUUGAAACCCAAUACAUACCCUGAAUCCUUGUUUUAUUCAGCUUUUUAUUUUAUUAUUCUUUUACAAUGGAGACCAAGUCUCGCACUCUGGAGAUCACAAUAUUGUCAGCAGAAGACCUGAGGAUCGACAACAAACCGGUCAAGAAGAACGCCUUCGUCGUCGUCUCGAUCGACGCUUUCAACAACAAGGGGACGAAGAUCGACAGAGAAGGAGGGAGCUACCCCACGUGGAACGACAAACUGGUGAUGGAAAUACCAAUGCAAACACGCUUCAUUACCCUACAAGUCAGGCGUCGCAGGGGCUCUUCGGGAGGGGAAAAAACCGUGGGGUUUGCGAGAAUUCCGGUGACGGAUUUCAUCGGAGGGUACUGGCCGGAGACUUGUUUGCAGUAUUUGAGUUAUCGGUUAUGGGAUCCCAAGGGGUUGAAGAAUGGGAUCAUUAAUGUUUGUUUGAGAUUAAAAGAGACUUUUCAUGAUUGUUCUUCUCAGGCUGCUGCUGCUUCAGCUGGGAGUAUUGGACUGGGAAUUCCCAUUGAUGGACGAAGAGAUUUUGCUGUCGUUGCUGGGAUUCCAAUAUGGAAUGCUUAUCCAUCUAAUGCUUUUUUUAGAUGA